AGUCACAAGUGAAAGGAUCCACACCGAGGCAACUACAGCAGCAGCAAACUCUGCAACACUUGUCAGCAUGAUGACGGUUCGUGGUGUUUUCAAGUUACAAUCCCUUCGUAGUUUGCUUCGUGGGAGAGCAUGGUAUUUCAGAGCUUCGGCAGUUAAAAGAGUUGAAGCUCGUCAGCCUGCUGUGAACCAACAGAAAAGAUUCUUCAGCUUGUCAACUGUAUCCGAGGCCAACAGCAGGUCAGAUGAAAAAGUGAUAGUGCACUUCAUCAAUCGCGGAAAUGAAAAAUUAACAGCAGUGGCAAAGGAGGGUGAAAGUCUGCUUGAUGUUGUGGUCAAUCAUAACUUAGAUAUUGAUGGAUUUGGUGCCUGUGAAGGAACCCUGGCUUGUUCAACAUGCCAUGUAAUCUUUGACAAGGAGAUUUUUGAAAAUUUGGAUGAGAUCUCAGAUGAAGAAAUGGACAUGUUGGAUUUAGCCUUUGGACUGACUAACACGUCCCGUCUAGGCUGCCAGAUUUGUCUAAAGAAGUCUUUGAAUGGAAUAACUGUGAAGGUACCAAAGGAAGUGUCCGAUGUGAGAAAAUCAGUUGAGGCAAAGGAGCAGUGAUGUGGCACAUUUCACAAAGUCAACAUAUCUUGGCAACAACUCCCAAACCUGUCAUAGAAGAGACAAAACCACACUAUGCCUUAUUAAGAAACUUUAACUAGGUUUCAGUAAAGUCCAACAAGGCAAUCCCAAUGAAGAUGUCACUGAUAGAUAGGACUUGUAAUGGAUAAACAUUAAACUGAUUGAUUAAAGCAAA